AUGGCCCACCUGCGGGGACGCAGCUCCAGCCGGGGCCCCGGCGGGCUGGGUCGGAGCUGGUGGGCGCGCAAUCCGCAGUACAUAUUGGCGGCGGCCUUUCUCUGCGCUGGCUUGUUGAUUCUGAGGGCCGAACUGGGGCACGGCGGGCUCCCGGAGCUCCUGGACCCGGUCAUCCACGAGGCGACCGCGUGGGGAACGUACGGGCUGAGCGUGCGGGACCUGCCCGAGAGAGGCGCUGGACUGUGGCAGGAGGGCCCGAGCGCUGCGCAGCAAAGCGCGGCGCUGCAGCACACUGCGUCGCUCAUCGAGUCGUACGACCGCGUGCGGCAGUCCACGGGCAUACUGGAGAUGGAGUUCGACAACCACAGGCAUCGGCACGCGGCAGCGUUUGAGUGGGAGGCCUUCGUCCGCGAGUCCCCCCCGGCGGGCAACGGCACUUACGCGGGGCGCGGCGUUGUGCUCAUUGGCGGGGGGAAAUACACGCUGACGUCCCUGGUGGCGGUGUCGUUCCUGCGCGGGUCCGGCUGCACGCUCCCCGUGGAGAUGUGGUUCCCGAAGGACGAGAUGCCGAUGGACAGCACGGUCACGUGGCUCACAGAGAGCGGCGUGCACGUGCGCAGUUUUGGCGAGCUCGACGACGCGUUCCGCAGCGCGAACGUGACCGUCGACGGGUUCGCGCUCAAGGCCCUCGCGGUCGUCGCGUCGUCCUUCGCGGAGACGGUGUACCUCGACAGCGACGUGAUGUUCCUCGAGGACCCCGCGUCCCUCUUCGACACCACCCUGUUCAGCCAAACAGGUAUGAUCCUGUGGCCCGACUUCUGGCACCAGCCCCCGGGGGACCCCGGCGUGAAGGCCAUGGCGGCGGUCUUCGGCUUCUCGAGGGACGAGGUCCUCACGUGGGCCAACGGGACGUACGGCGCGAUGCGGCUCGACCCCUACAGGGACGACCAGCCUGUGUACAGCGGCAACGUGCGCGAACGCAAGUGCUGGGACGGGUCGCCGCGGGUGAUGUCUGAUCCAGCGUUCUACGCGCUCGCGAUGGGGCGGCGGGAGGAGCCGCUCGGGUGCGGGCGCGAGGUGCGGGGCGGGCCGCUGCAGUACACGGAGGACAAGACUUUGUUCUCGGACGAGCUGCGAAAGAACAUAGGGAGAUUCAAUUACAAGUUCGAGAUCAACUCGAACAAAAACGCGGUGCCGUUCACGCACCAGCAGGCGGCGACGGCGCUCGCGGCGCGCCUGGACCUCCCCACGCACGACAGCUGCGUGAUGCUGCUCGACAAGCAGCGGCACGACACCGCGCUGCGUCUGUUCUUGUACCUGAACCUCCGCGGCAGCCUGUUCCACCGGCUGCUGACGCCGAACGGGAAUGGCGUCGGCGACAAGGAGACGCUCCCGACCGCGAUGCGUGCUCUGCACCGGCCCUACCACCUCGUGGACAUGCCGCCGGGCGGCGCGGGCACCGUCCAGGGGCUCCACACCAUGGUCCACUUCGCCCCCGAGAGCGACCGCGUGUUCUUCCUGCACCGCAACUGCCGCAAGUGGGAGCCCGACAGCCCCGGCAUCGCCACCCGCCUGACCGACGCGAGGCGCGUGUGGGACAUUUUCGCCAUGUCGGACCCGCGUCAGGGUCAGACGGAGGUCCCCGAGGCCCCCCAGGGCUGGCAGUGCGCCGUGGGCCUGCCGCCCUCGUCGCAGCUGAUCCGGCGCUUCGCGCGCCUCCUACCGUUCGACGUCGAGGCGACAGGAGCGUUGUACGCCAGAGAGAUCAUCAACACCUGCCCCGAGGCCGCGAAACGAUACGAAAUGGUGAAACCGCGACCGACCACGCCCCCCUCCACGUCGGCACCCGCGGACAGCACCGGGCGACCCGCGCGGGACCCCCCCCCCUGA